CCCCUGUAUCAUGCCGCUUCCUCUCGACGUCAGUCGAUGCUCUCAUUAUGGAGCUUCGAUUUCCAACUGAUAUUGAGAUUAUCGUCGUUGGGAAAGCCACACCAACAUCGAUUAAUCUUAGAGUCGGAGAACACGAUAUUGAAAUCCUGACAUACUUUCUUCCAUCACCUUCAAAACGGCUUGGUUAUUCUGGCGGACUCCGCCUCCGGCGGCUCCAUCUUCAACACCCCAAGAAACAUCCACACCGCAAUCCACCACCAUGGCGUCUAACUCCCAUCACCCCGAGACGCCAGAGCUAACCCCGAAGUUCUGCUUCAACCAAUCCGCCCUUCGAGACUUCUUCCGCGUCUCCCGCUCCGCCCUCGACGACACCAUCUCCCAAUCUCUCAACGCCCUCUCCGAACCCUCCCGCUCCCCCUUCACCCCCUCCACCGUCUCUACCCGCCCCAGCAUCCCCACCACCCGCCAACUCCCUCCCUCCACCUGCACCACCUUCACCGCGCAGACGCUCUUCCCCGCCUGGAACGCGCGGGACGCCGUGCUGACAUAUUGCAGCGCGGUGGCGUCGUCGCCGGACCCGGACGAUCCCGGGGCGGUCGAGCGGCGGAUCGAGGAACAUACGCGCGAGAGGCAGACGGUGGAUGAGCGGUUGGAUCCGUAUAGUGGGCGGUGGUUCCCGAAGGAGGCACGGGCGGAGCGGCUGGGGAGGUGGGUGAGGAAUGAGGGGAUGGUGGAGGAGAUUAUUAGGGAGAGGAGCUGGGAUGUGGUAAGGUCAAGAUGUGGGGGAGUGGAAGAGGGGUGGAAGGAGGCGUAUAAUGAAUGGAGGCGGGGGAGAUAGAAGGGGACUCGGGGGAUGUUUGCGAAGGACCGGUGGCAGGAACGGUAGUAAAACGGUAUACAUCUUGGAUAAUGAUUGCACAUCUCGGGAUAGAAGGAUAGACGGAAGAUGCACACUCCACUCUUUAUUUACAGUGCAUUGAGAGGACCUGAUGUUCAGCGGUCCGAAAUAGACGCAUAGCUAGCGCUGUUUGGAUUCUAGGUAUCCAGCUGGUCUAAUUUGUAUGAAAUAUAUAGACGUCAAGUCAGCCAGCCUGACUGUCUAUCCAAAGUCCCAGUGCGCCUCGUGAAAA